AUGGACCAGAGCCGUCAAUGUCAGCUGAUUUCCAAUGCUACAUCUCUGCCUGUACUAGAGAAAAGGGGGGACAUCAUCCUGGGGGGACUCUUCUCCCUUCAUGACAUGGUGGUGGAGCACAAUCUGUCUUUCACCGCUCAGCCUCCUCCCACAACGUGUACCAGAUUAAAUUUUCGAACUUUCCGUUGGAUGCAGACUAUGAUCUUUGCCAUUGAGGAGAUCAACAGAGAAGGCAAACUUCUUCCAAACAUCACAGUCGGGUACAAGAUCUAUGAUUCAUGCAGUUUGCCAUAUCAAGCUUUGAAGGCUGCAGUGGAGUUAAUGGGAAAGGAGAAUAAUUCAUAUACUGAAGAAAAGACCCAGAAUAAUGACACUUGUCAUGGGAGCGUGCCUGUGGUGAUUGGAGAUGGAGGCUCCACUCAGUCUCUUGUUGUGGCUCAUUUCCUUGGAGUCUUCCAUGUGCCACAAGUCAGUUAUUUCUCCAGCUGUGCCUGUCUGAGUGACAAAAAGGAGUUCCCAGCCUUUUUAAGGACCAUGCCCAGUGAUUUCUACCAGGUUGAUGCCCUGGUACAACUGGUGAAACAUUUUGGUUGGACUUGGGUGGGUGUGAUUGCCGGCGAUGAUGCGUAUGGUUACAACGGGGCAACCAUCUUUGCAAAUGAGGUCAAAAAGUUUGGUGUUUGUGUUGCCUUACAUAAAAUCAUUCCCAAAAACCCAAAGCCGACAGAUAUUUUAUCCAUCAUUUCCACUAUCCGUUUGUCUGGGGCUCAGGUGGUUUUAGUGUUCGCUGUGGAACAAGAUGCAGUGAUACUGUUUGAUGAAGCACUCAGAGCUGGGCUGACUGGAAUUCAGUGGCUGGCCAGUGAAGCUUGGAGUACAGCUGCUGUACUUUCCACCCCCAGAAAGUACCAUCGCAUCCUCCAGGGUACUGUUGGAUUUGCUAUUCAGCAAGCACACAUUCCUGGACUACGAGACUUUUUGGUCCGUUUAAAUCCAUUAAAAGCAGAUGCCCAGGAAGAUCCCUUCCUUAUACCCUUCUGGGAAGAGGUGUUUCAGUGCAGUCUGAGUGAGCAAGUUGAAGGUCAGAAAGAAAAAUCUGAGGGUAAACCUCCGUGCAAUGGAACAGAAGAACUCAGGAGUGUAACGAAUAUCUAUUCAGAUGUGUCACAGCUGAGAAUUUCCUACAAUGUCUAUAAAGCUGUAUAUGCUGUUGUUUAUGCACUAAAGAAUCUGAAAAGCUGUGAGAAAGGAAAAGGGCCAUUCCCUCUGCAGACGUGUCCAGAUGGAGACAACAUUCAGCCAUGGCAGCUACUGCAUUAUUUAAAACAAGUGCAGUUUGUGAAUUUGUUUGCCGAUGUAAUAAAGUUUGAUGAGAAUGGCGACCCUGCAGCCAUGUACGAUCUGGUGAACUGGCAGCUGAAGCCAAACGGGGGGGUGGAGUUUGUCAAUGUAGGAAAAUUUGAAGGGUUGACCCCGAUUACAAAGCAAAAACUUCAGCUCCGAGAAGAAAACAUUCUAUGGACUGGAAACCAAACCAAAGUUCCCUUGUCAGUAUGCAGCUCCAUUUGUCACCCAGGCACCAGGAAGGCAAUGAGACCCAACUUCCCUGUCUGCUGCUAUGAUUGUGUGACUUGCACAGCUGGAGAGAUUAGCAAUCAGACUGAUGCCAUAGAAUGUGUGCCGUGUCCACCAGAGUUCUGGUCCAAUGAUGAAAGGACCACCUGUGUCCCGAAACAAGUGGAAUUUCUUUCUUUUAAUGACACCAUCGGCAUCACUUUGGUGGUUAUUUCCCUCUUUGGCUCCCUCAGCACCUGCGCUGUGGUUUUGAUAUUUUUUUGCAACAGAACUACACCCAUUGUCAGAGCUAACAAUUCUGACCUAAGCUUCCUGUUGCUCUUCUCAUUGACCCUCUGCUUCUUGUGUUCUUUGACCUUCAUUGGCCAGCCAUCUAAGUGGUCCUGCAUGCUGCGCCACACAGCAUUUGGGAUCAGCUUUGUUCUUUGUAUCUCUUGCAUUCUUGGGAAAACAAUUGUGGUGCUAAUAGCCUUUAAAGCAGCACUCCCAGGGAACAAUGUUAUAAAAUGGUGUGGACCUGCACAGCAAAAGUCAGUUAUUACCAUUUGUACACUAGCCCAGGUAAUCAUAUGUACAAUGUGGCUGAUUGUGGCACCCCCUGCCCCGCACCAAAUGAUGCCACGGGAGAAACCUUUUGUUAUUCUCUUCUGUGACGAAGGUUCAAAAAUUGCAUUUGCUUUGGUUCUGAGCUACAUCGGCCUUCUGGCCUGCCUUUGUCUUCUGCUGGCCUUCCUGGCAAGGAAACUUCCGGGCAGCUUCAACGAGGCCAGACUCAUCACUUUCAGCAUGUUAAUUUUUUGUGCCGUGUGGGUGGCAUUCAUUCCUGCCUACAUCAGCUCUCCAGGAAAGUACGCCACUGUCACAGAGGUGUUUGCAAUCCUGGCCUCAAGUUAUGGAUUGCUGGGUUGCAUUUUUGCUCCAAAGUGCUACAUAAUCCUACUUAGACCAGAAAAGAACACUAGGAAACAUUUAAUGUCCAAAUCUCCCUCUGGCAAAUUUUAAAAGGAACACAAAUUAAUUCAUUCCAUUAAAAAUAUACUUUAUUGUAAAACAG